AUGGCUCACGUGAAGAAUGUUCUUGUGACCGGUGGCGCCGGUUUCAUUGGAGGCUCUGUCGUAGCCACCCUUAUUGCCAGGACCACCGCUCCAGUCAAGGAUAUUAACAUCAGCACCAUCAUUCGCUCGGACGACCAAGCCAAAGCACUGUCGAAGCUUGGCAUCAAUGUCAUCCAAGCGGAUCUUUCCGAUGAAAAGGCCAUUCUGGACGCUGUGCUUAACAACGAGAUUGAUCUUAUCGUCCAUGCGGCCAGCUCUUUCGUUUUGCCUCUUGGCCUCAACCUUGUGAGAGCCCUUGGCCAGCGAGGCAAAAUAACCGGCAGGAAGACGUACUUUAUCAACUCAUCAAUUACCACCCCAUUCUCUGAGGAUGGGGGUUGGCCUGAGGGAGAGGUCAAAGAUACUGACAAUUUGUACGAAACAGAGAAGCAGAUCAACGAUGGCCAUCCCGUUCGCAUCACCGACAUUGGCCUCGUGGAAGAAUCCAAGGCACAAGGUGUCGAAUUUUUCAAUGUGGCUGUUCCUGUUGUCUAUGGAAGAGGCAGCGGAGAGUGGAAAAAGCUGUCUACGAAUAUCCCUGCAUUCGUUCGAAAGAGUGUCGAGAAGAAGGUGGUUUACAAGUUUGAGAAAGAUGGAGUAUGUCCAAGUCUUAUUUCCCCUCCACUUAAGAGACUCCCAGUCCCAUCUUGUCAAGAGGCAGCCAGUUUUGUCUCACAAUCAGCAAACAACGUUUUGACUAAGAUACUGACAGUUUUGCAGAACCCCCCUGCAAUCCAUGUUGCCGACUUGGCCGACCUGUAUGUCGUGCUUGUAGAGAAGAUUCUGAAAGAGGAACCAAUCCCUAACGGGGCAAACGGCUAUUAUUUCGGUUUUGCUCACAGACUUCCUUGGUGGAAGACAAUGGAGCGCAUUGCCGCCGGUCUUCAUGCCCGAGGCCUGGUAACAACGCCAACAGCACAGGUCUGGCCAAGUUGGGAGGAGGCUGCUGAGCAACUCAAAUGGCCAGUCCAGCAUAUUCAUGCUAUGGGUGCAGCGACCGGGCAACAAGUUGCCGUGAACCCGUACUUGCUGGGAUGGCAGCCUAAAUGGAACCAGAAGAGGUUCCUGGAUAGUAUCGACGAUGAGAUUCAAGCCGCAUUGGACGACAAGCCCCUGAAAAGCACUCUCUUCGACACUAUCCUGUGA